CCUUUUUCCAUUUGAUGAUAGCAACCCCCCCAAAAACGUUUAAUUUUAUUGGAUGGUAUCGCUGUUUGUGUAUAGAGAGAGAGAAAGAGAGAGAGAGAGAGAAGAAGAAGAAGAAGACGAAGCAGAAAAAGCACUACACAGCUCCGAAAUAGAAGGGAGCGAAAUUUUGUAUACGUUGGAUUUCGUAGAUCUCAUCUGGAUAAAUGACAAAUGUAUCAUCCAUCAAAUGAUCCUAAUUCGAGUUUAAUUGGAAGCAAUUCAUUAGUUCAUGGUCAACACAUAGAUUGUGGUAGGAGUGCAAUGGAUCCUGGUAAUGGAGGAAGCAAUCUCGCCAACAACUCGAAUCUCGCCUCAAAACAACGUUUACGGUGGACACAUGAGUUACAUGAACGCUUUGUUGAUGCCGUGGCUCAACUCGGUGGGCCUGAUCGUGCCACACCCAAAGGUGUCCUCAGAGUUAUGGGUGUACAAGGCUUAACCAUUUACCAUGUUAAAAGCCAUUUGCAGAAAUACCGACUAGCAAAAUACUUACCUGACUCCUCGUCCGAUGAAGGGAAAAAGGCCGACAAGAAAGAAGCGGGAGAUAUGCUUUCCAAUCUAGAUGGUUCAUCAGGAAUGCAGAUUACUGAAGCACUAAAGCUUCAAAUGGAAGUGCAGAAGCGACUACAUGAACAGUUGGAGGUGCAGAGACAGCUACAGUUAAGGAUAGAAGCUCAGGGUAAAUAUUUGAAAAAGAUAAUUGAAGAGCAACAGCGACUCAGCGGAGUUCUAUCGGAAGCACCUGGUUCGGGAAUUGCGGCCCCAACUCCAGGAGAUAUGUGCCAAGAACUUGACAAUAAGAGUGAUCCGGCUACUCCUGACCCGGAAAAAGCUGCUAAAGAGCACGCCCCAGCAAAAAGUCUUUCUGUUGAAUCUUUUUCAUCUCACCACGAACCGACGACACCAGAUUCCGGUUGCCAACUCGUUUCACCUGCUGACAGUCCUGAAGGAGAGAGAUCAUCUAAAAAGCAACGAGUAAGUGUCGAAGGAACGUAUUCUAAACAAGACAUGGUGCUUCCACAUCAGAUACUGGAAUCAAGCAUGUCAUCAUACCAGCAACAGACCACUAUUUUCCUUACGCAAGAUCACUUUGAUCCUUCUCUAGGUAUAUCGAGCGGAAGUGGCGAGGAAAUGGACAAGCUUGGUGGCAGGAAUAUGUGAUUUGGUGUAAUCUGCAAGAUGUGCACUAGGACUGAUUUUAUCAUCUUUAUAAUCUUAGUUUGUGUUAUAUGUAUUACUUGGUAGAUGGAGGAACUUGUUCUUCGUAGAUUUUCAAAGUUAGUUUUCAGUUGAAAUACUUGACAUAAUACACAGCCUUUAAUUACUUUUAGAGAACUGAUUUGAAUUGGGUUAAUAGAAAGCAUGUUGUCAAUGUCA